AAGCUUCAGAGUGAGGCUCUUAGAGAAGCCAUCACAACGGUGAAGGGCAAAUCUGAGGAGAAGAAGCGCAACUUUGUGGAGACAGUGGAGCUUCAGAUUGGGCUGAAGAACUAUGACCCACAAAAGGACAAGCGUUUCAGUGGUUCCGUCAAGCUCCCACACAUUCCUCGCCCGAAGAUGAAGAUCUGUAUGCUUGGAGAUGCCCAGCAUGUUGAAGAGGCUGAGAAAAUGGGACUAGACAAUAUGGAUGUUGAGGCUUUGAAGAAGCUCAACAAGAACAAGAAGCUUGUGAAGAAGCUUGCCAAGAAGUACCAUGCUUUCUUGGCUUCUGAGUCUGUCAUUAAGCAGAUUCCUCGUCUUCUUGGUCCUGGAAAGUUCCCAACUCUAGUGAGUCACCAAGAGUCGUUGGAAUCGAAGGUGAAUGAGACUAAAGCGACAGUGAAGUUCCAGUUGAAGAAGGUUCUUUGCAUGGGUGUUGCUGUUGGUAACCUCUCAAUGGAAGAGAAGCAGCUUUUUCAGAAUGUGCAGAUGAGUGUCAACUUCCUUGUCUCCCUCUUGAAGAAGAAUUGGCAAAACGUAAGGUGUUUGUACUUGAAGAGCACCAUGGGACCACCACAAAGGAUCUUUUGA